GCUUGCGCGGGCGAGUCACUUCCGCCGGCCGGGAAGCGGCGGGGGAGAAGGACGGGUGUGAGGGAGCGGAUCCAGCGGGAAACGCUCGGUCUGCGGAGGAGAUUUCCCGUGGUCGCCAGUGCGAGCCAAAGCAGGGGUUGCUCUUGCCCACUCUCCAGGGCUCGUAAGGGAACCGGGAAGAUGGUGAAUGUUCUGAAAGGCGUUCUUGUUGAAUGUGACCCAGCAAUGAAGCAGUUUCUGCUCUACUUGGAUGAGUCAAAUGCUUUGGGAAAGAAGUUCAUCAUACAAGACCUGGAUGAAACUCAUGUCUUUGUAUUAGCUGAGUUGGUCAACUUCCUCCAGGAGAGAGUGGGCGAGUUAAUGGACCAGAACUCGUUUCCUAUUACUCAGAAGUGAGAAAAACCAGAGAAAUGAGAUUACUGCAAGUUUUGGAACAGUGAAUUUCAAUAGUUUGGGUUGUUACUGUUUUAAUAGAUAACACUGUGGCAUGUAAGUUCUACAUAGAAGUGGCUACUAUAGAAAAUGCAUCAUUUUCAUAGACAAAAUAGUCUGGAAUUGGAUCUUGUUCCUCAUUUUGAAAGAAUGUGGUAUCUUUAUUAAAGUAUUUAAAAUUAUACACUUGAGGAGUUCCCUUGAGAAUUUUUGGUGCAUGCUCUCUGGUUUUCCUUCAGAUUUUUAUCUUGCAAUAUGAGAUGACCCAGAAAGUAGUGUUUCUGUAUUGGAAUGCUGUAUGAGGUCCUCUGAUGUGUUGUGUUCCUGUGUGUGAUUGAAUCUGAUUAUAGUGUGACUGACAGAAAGUUAAGAAUAUCUGUUGCAGUAUGAUCUGUGCUUCAUGGAACAUCUCUAAGUUGGAGGCAUGGUCAGGUAGUGCUCUAACUUGCAAAGUUUUGUACAGCAGGAUGAGAGUUGGUAUGACUGCUUUGUUGUGUUGUUUUGAGUUGUGAGUGUUGGGGUUUUUUUUUGUUAAAACAUGUUGAAAAUGCCCCAUACUAUUUGCCUACUUUUACCAAGGCUGUGCUUUCUGAGUUGUUCUGAGUUUGGGGAGCGGUGGUGGAAGUUUAGAGGGGAAGGAAGGGUAUGGGGGGGAUUGGGACAACAAAAUCCAUUGCCCUAGAUCAUCAUAAAUUAAUGGGGUAACAGAAAUGGGAGACCAGUCCUAUAGGUAUAAUUGCUUGUAUUUUUUCACUGAAGCUGAUGGUCAAAAUAAGUUAUGUGAUCAGACUCCCAUGCUCUAUCUAACAAACAAGAAAGCUGGGUUUGGAUUUUUGGUUAUGGGGUUUUGUUUCUUCAGCUUACUUCUUUCUCCCGUAUUGCCUUUUGCUGCAAAGAAAAAAGCUUUGUAGUGUCAUGGUUUGGUUGUUUGUUUUUCUUUUACACUGUAUUUGUAACUUUAACUCAGACACUGGCUUGGUUUUUCAGACCUACUCAUGUACAUCAGAUAGAUGCCACCUUUUUGUCUUUGAGAAAAAGAACAAGUGUAAAGAGAAAGGCUUUUAUAAGGAACAGUUUUCCUUACUGACUCCCACUGGUGCUUGUUUCUCUUGUCCAGUAGGUAUCAGAUUAAUUGGUCAGUUUGUCUUUGUUUCUUGUUUGGAUUGGUUUUGUGGUUUGCUAUUUCUUCUUUAUCUAUUUCUUUCCCCUCAGGAACAGGGAACCUUCAGGAGAAAGUUUCACUAGAUGUUUUUAAUCAAAAAGCUGUCCAAAGAAAGUUCUGUAGAAUUGUGUAUAUUCAGGCUCACGUGGACGAGCAAAUAGCCCUGUAAAAUUUAACUUCAUGUCAUUUCUGGUACCUUCCCUUUUCUCUGACAGUAUAGAACAAUGAGUUGUUUAAUCUCUUUCUUUCACAAGUGGGUGCUUCCCUGGUCAUGUAGAUUAAGAACCGGCUACACGUCUUUAUCUGAAAAAAGAAGUUUAAAUCUUAUUUAUAAAAAUGGUUUAUGGUUCCUUACCUCUUUCUUGAGCUUGAUCUCAAGAGACUUAUCAGACAUUCACCUCAUAACUGUUUUUCUUGUGGAAGAUUAUUGGGUGCUCAUUUAAUGGAAAAUUAAUCAGUAGUUUUAACAUGGCAUUAUAGCUCAGUGCAAUUUAUUUAGAAGUGUCUGUUUCCUUUCUUUGGAAUCCUAGUUUAUUUUCCAUCCAGAUUCUGCUGAAAGAUAAAUCAUUUAUCAUUCUCUCUUCAAAUGACAGCAUAUGAAAAGUCAUGUUUGGAAUUCCACAUGUUAAGCCUCUCUGUAUUUAGCAUGUCUAGUGCUCCAUUUCUAUUGUGACUUUUCAGUCUAUAAUAAACUUCUUGCAGUUCUUG